GCCUUCGAGACUCUUUUAACCUGUCGGACUCGGGCGCCGAAGCACCAGUGCAGCAGCACUCCGUCACUAAACUCCACUAAAACGCAGCUAAUGCGGAGGUGGCUUACAAGUUACAUAACCGGCUCUGAUCAUCGAGACUCCGUCAACGAACCAACCGCCCCCCCGUCCGACCCUGGACUCGGUCGCCAGAAUGCUUUGAACGUCUCCAGAGAGAUCACUAUCCAGACCGCUACAAUCCCGAAAGAAGCUUCUUUUUUUCCUGGCAGGGAGUCGAUCACAUACGCCAUUGUCAUUGUGCGAUAUAAGGGGGAGGACAUGUCGGACUGGUGUUAGAAAAGGGACGAUACGCCGUUUUGCAUACGUUUACACCGACUUGCUUACGGGUUGCGACAAACUGCUUCCUCCACCAUGGCCGGACGAGGCCAGCCCGAUCCCACCGAGGCUCUCAGAGACCGCCUUGAGAACAUCGAACUGCAGCAGAAUGAAGUCCAAGUCCCUCGCCCGGCAUUGCGCCGCCUACCAGCCUCGACGCCCUCGCUGAAGCUUGGGCAACGGCGAUCAACCGACGGCCGACAUCCCGCGGCGCAUGGGAGACCAAGCCUCGGACUUCCUAGGCAUUCGUCCCACCUUGCUCCCGAAACACCAACUUCCCCCCUCUCACCAGCCUCGCCAUCGGCCACGCGCGUGCGUUUCAGUCUCGAUAUUCCUGAUGACGACCUCCCGAGGUCUGGGCGUCCCAGCCUGUCACGCCCGAGUUUACAACAUCUGUCCCAACUAUACACAAUCAACUCUAAUACCGACCCCUCCUCCUCGUCUUCAAUCCCAACAAAACCAGCCCGGCCAAGCUUGGAACCACGACACAGCGAAGCUAACAGUACCCGGUCUCGUAUAUCGUUAACAUUACCGCGACAACGUUAUGAUGAGUCGUACGGCGAUGUCAACAGUGCUAUGGCCACAGAGGAGGAAACCAAGAUCACUCUUGACACCUACAAGGACUGGAUUAGCAGACAGCAGGAGAGACAAAAGAGGUUAACAAGCGAUCCGUUGAAAAGGAUACAAGCUAGGGCCGAGAAUGCCUACCAGAAAUACAUCGUUGAAGGCCUUUUGCGACAAAGGCCGAUACCCCCAAGUAAAGAUGGAAGGCACAUACCGCUGAAACCCGGUUUGGUACGGCAGACACCAUUGAACGAUGAGCGGACGGGUCGGCCCUAUGUCUCAAACUUUAUCCGCUCCAGCAGAUAUACCCUCUACGACUUUUUGCCGAAGCAACUAUUUUUCCAGUUCAGCAAGCUCGCCAACUUCUAUUUCCUUGUUAUCGGUAUCCUACAGAUGGUUCCUGGACUCAGUACAACCGGAACAUACACAACGAUAGCGCCGCUUAUUGCCUUUGUGUGCAUCAGCAUGGCAAAAGAAGGUUAUGACGACUACCGACGAUACAGACUCGACAAACUGGAGAACAGGAGUGCCGCGUUCGUGCUGGAUCCCGAUGGCACCGUCAGCACGAGAGUACGGGGAAGGAAACGUAGGAUGCUUAUGGAAAUGAUCAAAGGCAAAAAGCCGACUGAGGAUGGUGCUGCUACGGAACUAGCUGGUUUGGAAAGGGUGACUACAGCUGAAGUUGACCAGGGCGAAGGCGAAGGCGAACGGGAGCCUUGGGCACGAGUCGAGUGGCAGGACAUCAGAGUCGGCGACAUCGUUCAGUUGCAGAGAGACGAAAACGUCCCCGCCGACAUGGUUCUUCUUCAUGCCACUGGCCCGAACGGAGUUGCAUUUAUCGAAACUAUGGCGCUGGAUGGUGAGACGAAUCUCAAGAGCAAACAGGCUUGUCCUUUGUUGCUUGACCAUUGCUCCUCUAUCAACGCCAUGGCCCACUGCGAUGCUACAGUCGUCUCCGAGGACCCGAACCUCGACCUUUACAACUACGAAGGCCGAGUGACAGAGAACGGAGAGACGAUGCCCUUGACCUCCAAUCAGAUCGUGUACAGAGGAUCAACCCUACGGAAUACCACCCAAGCGAUUGGUAUCGUUGUCAACACUGGCGAGGAGUGCAAGAUUCGGAUGAAUGCGCACAAGAACGUCCGCACCAAGGCCCCGGAGAUGCAAUUCAUGGUCAAUCGGAUUGUCAUGCUUCUCGUGGCCUUCGUCGUUGCACUUGCUGUUGGGUGUACAGGUGGAUAUACCAUGUGGCAUCGCAGCAACGAAAAGAAGGCUUGGUAUCUCAUCCAGCAAAAGGUUCCCAUCAAGGAGAUUGUGAUCGGCUUCAUCAUCGCUUUCAACACUCUGAUCCCCCUGUCCCUCUAUGUCAGUCUUGAAAUCGUCAAGCUCGGACAGCUUUACUUACUUGCGGACGUCGAGAUGUAUGAUCCUAAAACAGACACGGCAAUGAGCGCCAACACUACGACAAUUUUGGAAAAUCUCGGCCAGGUUAGCUACGUGUUUUCGGACAAAACGGGUACUCUGACAGAGAAUCUGAUGAGGUUCCGGAAGAUCAGUGUGGGAGGAGCAGCCUUUCUUCAUGACUUGGAUUUACGGAGAGAAGCAGAGAAUGCAAAGCAAAAGCAACUCGCCCAGGAUCUGCCGAAACGGAGCCUUUCGAUCUCAGCGAAACCCCGGCCAUCUAAUGUCGAGGCCGCCUUGGAACCGCUGGCGGAAGAGUCGAGCAACGAGCCUAUUGUCGCCAACCAAGCUGUGUGGCACUCGAGCGCUGGUGUGAAGCAUGGGCAGCCGGAACCGAAUACUGAGGACUUGAUCCGCUAUCUUCAGCAGAGGCCUAACACACCCUUCUCCCGGACCGCUAAGCACUUCAUCCUCUGUAUUGCGCUUUGCCACACCUGUCUCCCCGAGACCAAGGAGGAUGGCGAAAUGACUUUCCAGGCGGCGUCUCCUGAUGAGUUGGCAUUGGUAGAAGGAGCUAGGGACUUGGGCUACCUGGUUAUCGAUCGUCCCGCGCAAGCUAUCAAGCUUCAAACUCGCGAUGCGGACGGCAACCCUGUUACCGAAACAUACGAGGUUCUCGACGUUAUUGAAUUCAGUAGCAAGCGGAAACGCAUGUCCAUCGUCAUUCGCAUGCCGGACGGAUCCACCUGUAUCUUUACCAAGGGUGCUGACAGCAUGAUUCUGCCUCGUCUCAAGCAGAGCAAUCUGGCCAUGCAGACCGCUAGUAAGAUCGGGCGGAUGGCUAGCAUGCGCAAGAGUAUGGAGCAGGAGAAGGCUCUCCGUCGGCUCAGUCUUCACAGCAUUAAGCGUGACAGCAUGAAUCUUGUUCGGGCUUCCCGUGCUUCGAUGGAUCAUCGGAGGGUUUCGCGUAAGGGCAGUCAGCGCCGGUCUACUUUCUUUACGGAUGAGGUUGAUUCUUGGCUGGUUCGUCGUGAGACUGAUGAGUUCGAUGAUUCUAACCCACCCCCGCGUCGCUCGAUGCAGCGUGGCCGGUCCUUUGAAGUUGGUCGUCCGCACGACCCUCUUGAUGGCAUGGUCGACGAGCAUUUGGCUUUGAACGACGCCGCCGUUUUCGAACGCUGCUUUAAGCACAUUGAUGACUUCGCCUCUGAAGGUCUGCGAACCCUUGUCUUUGCCUACCGCUAUUUGGAUGGCGAGGAGUACAAGAAGUGGAAGACGAUCUAUCACGAAGCCACUACUAGCCUGGUUAACCGCCAAGAACGCAUUGAGGCCGCCGCUGAGAUCAUCGAACAGAACUUCGACCUUGCUGGAGCGACUGCCAUUGAGGAUAAGCUACAGCACGGUGUACCCGAGACCAUCGACAAGUUCCGCCGUGCCAACAUCAAGAUCUGGAUGCUUACGGGUGACAAGCGUGAGACUGCCAUCAACAUCGCCCACUCGGCCAGGAUUUGCAAGCCCUUUUCGGAGGUCUACAUCCUGGACGCGACCCAAGGCGAUCUUCAGGAGAGACUUGCCUCGACACUCAUAGAUGUCGGUCGUGGCAUGGUUCCUCACUCGGUUGUUGUUAUUGAUGGUCAUACUCUGAGCGUCGUGGAGGAGGAUGAGUCCCUUCAAGUUCUCUUCUUUGACCUUGUUGUUAGAGUCGACUCGGUCAUCUGCUGUCGCGCAUCCCCAUCGCAGAAGGCCACCCUUGUCCAGAGUAUCCGUCACCAAGUUCCCAAGGCUGUCACUCUUGCCAUUGGUGAUGGUGCCAACGACAUUGCCAUGAUCCAGGCUUCCCACGUGGGUAUCGGUAUUUCCGGAAGAGAAGGCCUCCAGGCUGCUCGUAUCUCGGAUUACGCCAUCGCUCAGUUCCGGUUUUUGCAACGCUUACUCUUCGUUCACGGUCGCUGGAACUACAUCAGGACUGGCAAGUACAUCCUUGGUACCUUCUGGAAGGAAAUUGUCUUCUACCUGGUGCAGGCGCAGUUCCAGCGCUACAACGGCUAUACGGGUACUUCUUUGUUCGAGUCUACCAGUUUGACUGUCUUCAACACCCUGUUUACCUCGCUCCCGGUUAUUCUCUUUGGUAUCUUUGAGAAAGAUCUCGAAGCCGACACGCUGAUGGCUGUCCCCGAGUUGUACACAUAUGGUCAAAAGGAGAAAGCCUUCAACGUUAAGCUAUACGUCGGUUGGAUGUUCAUGGCCGUGUCAGAGUCAGUGCUAAUCUUCACUAUCGUCUGGUUCGUCUACGGUAUCACCCUUCCGCCCGAGAACACCGCUCUAUAUCCCGUCGGCACCCUGGCCUUUACUAUCUGCGUCAUUUUCAUCAACAUCAAGAUGCUCGUCCUCGAGUUGCACAACCGUAUCGCCAUCACUUUCGCCGGUCUUUUCAUCUCUGUCUUUGGCUGGUUCCUUUGGAACCUCUUCCUCAGCGGCAUCUUCUCGGCCAAGAUGAGUCCGUAUCUUGUCAGAGAUGCUUUCAUCAAGGGUUUCGGCCAACACGCUCCCUGGUGGGUCGUCUGCAUCAUCACGCUGUCUGCCCUUAUUAUCUUUGAAGGGGCUAUCAGCACGGUGCGCAGAUCCCUGUGGCCUACCGAUCAAGAUCUGAUGAAGGAGAUCGAGCACAUCGAGGGUGUCCUGGACGUCAUGAAAGAACAUGCCGCCGAGCGCGGAGAGGCCGGUCUGCCCGCUGCGGAUGCCGCAGCAGCGGAGGCUGGUAGUCUGAGGCACAAGAACAGCUACGGCGAGAUUAUCGGCACCGGCAUGACCCCCGCCGCCGUCGGAAGCAGCAGCAGCAGGCCUCUGAUGCCCGAAGGUCGUCCCAGCCAUGCUUACGCGCGUCCCAACUUUGACUCCCCCGCGGAGGAGCUGGAGGAUCCGGUCGAGGAUGUUGUCAGACCUAAGAGCAAGAAGGCGGAGGAGGCGAAGGGAAGCAUGAAGGGGAAGACUCCUAGGAAGUCGGCGUUGCGGACGAGCAUGGACGUGGCUGUGAGCACGAGGUUCCUUGGGGAGGGGAGUGCCAAUACGCCGAUUGCGAGUGGGUCGGCGGUGGAGGGUGGAGAGCCUUAUUUCGUCACGAGCCCGAUCGAGAUGCCGGAGAUGCAUUCUCCUGUAUUGUCAACAACGGCUGAGGCGGCGGGCACUGGUAUUGGAGGAACAGGGGAAGCGGGAGAAGGUGGUGCAGUGGAGAGGCAGUUGACGGGGACGACAGUUAAUCAGGAUGAGGGACAGCCACCGGUGACGAGGCAGUUGCUGUGAGGAGCUUUUGAGGUGGAAGAAGAUGGUGAAAUUGGUGAAGUGAGAUGAACCAUGAUAUGAGGAAUAACAUAACACGUUACUACGGUGACUACGCCAUUGUAUGAGCAUGCUUGAUGAGGGAGGGGGGGAAGCAG